AUGGUUAUAUUUGUGUCGGCCGAGCUGCCGGUAGCGUUGACCGAGCUUAUCGAUCCAGAAAUCUACGACUUGGAAACACUGCCGGCGAUAACGAAGGAUGCCACCUGUGUGGAUUGGGCAGCGUGGAUACCUCCGCGAUCGCGACCGGCCGUGGUGAUGCAGGUGGUGAGCGAGGGCUAUAUUGAUAUCGAGCGGAACUUCAUCCGACUGAUGGAGAGGAACUCGGGCUUCACACGCCGCAACAUCUACCUCAUGUGCAUGGACGAUGCAUCCAAGAACUUUUUCGACACGAAAAUGGGGAUUCGCUGCGUACCUAUGAGCGCAUUGGACCUGCCCACGCAUGAACACAUCUGGCAACUCAGGGUAAGGGUAGUUUCAUGCCUCCUAGAGAUCGGGAACGUGGACGUGAUCAUGAGCGACGCGGAUGCCCUCUGGCUCGCCGACCCGGCAAAAGACCUGUUCAGCAGAGGCGACGGUGGCAGGGGAGACAUCGUAGCCUCGCGCGGCAGCUGGCCGAACGACCAGUGGAAGGAGUGGGGCUCGACCCUCUGCAUGGGGUUCAUCCUGUUCCGCGCGCGGAACGUUGCGGGGAUGAAGAGGUUCCUCGACGUCAUGGCGGACCUCGUGGUGCAGAACAAGGACGACCAGAUUUCGGUCAAUCGAGCCGCGAAACAGCUGGGAAUCGUGUGGGAUAAGAACAGCGACAUGAGAUACGAGGAGAGCACGGGCUACGGCAGGGGGAUCAUCGCCGGCCUCGGCACCAGCAACAACAGCACCAGCGGCGGUGGUGGCGAUCUUUUCAUUGGGCAAACAGGCCACGGCGUUGUCGUCGGCAGAGGGACAAGGGAAGUAGAGGCACCAUUCAGGGUGACCUUGCUCCCCCACAGCGCGUACACGAGGCUCUGCGGUAGAAGGACGCUCUCGAACCAGACGACGGUGGUAGCUCACUGCUACUUCCCCCAAAAGGAGGCGGGCGUGAAGACUUCCUGGAUGAAGAAGGCCAAUCUGUGGUCGGUGCAGGACGAUCCCUGA